GGGCGUUUGUCGUUUGUCGUUUGACGAACGACAGUCUAGACAAACGCAAACGACUUUAUCGUUGUGUUGUUGGUAUAACGAUAAACGAACUGGCAAAUAAAUAAAAACGUGAUCGGGCUUUUACUUGAAAGACUCCAAUUCCAAAUAAGCAUAGCCCAAAAACGUGGAGUAGAAAGAAAUGGAGGAGAGCUCAAAGAAAGGAUUAGAGGGUACUGGUCUAGAGCUGCCCGUGAAUCGCCAUGGCAACCUGAAGAGUGCUUCUAGCGAUCAAAAUCUCCUCGAAAUUCUCUCUGACAUCAAAGCUUCCAAGACUACUGCAGUUAUCAACUACGGCGCUUCAUGGUGUAGGGUGUGUAGCCAGAUCCUCCCUGCAUUUUGCAAGCUGAGCAACAAUUUCCCUAAGCUUUCUUUCAUAUAUGCAGAUAUUGAUGAAUGUCCAGAAACAACUCUGCAAAUUCGUUAUACACCCACAUUUCAUUUUUAUCGCGACGGUGAAAGGGUUGAUGAAAUGUUUGGUGCUGGAGAAGAGAGGCUGCAUGAUCGCUUGUGGCUGCAUUCUUGAAAUCUAUCUUAUCAUUGACAAGUAGAUGCAGGAAUAGCAUGUCCUGCACUUGCCAAAUUAUGUAAAAACACUAACACUGCUUUGAGCAUUCCAAUUAUGAAAAUCACAUUUUACUAAUA